AUGGGUCUCCUCUCUUCUUCAAACAAGAAGCCUAGCUUUAACGAGAAGACUAUUUCGAAUUCGAUCAAACCCACAACGAGUGCCAGAAAAGAUGAAAAUUAUACUCUAGUUGAUUUGUCUUCUGAAGAAACGCUGGUCGAGUUCUCGGAAGACUCUACUGCAGACCCAACCAACUGGCCUCUUAAAAAGAAAAUAUAUAAUGCAGUUGUGGGACUAAUUGUCGUGCUCAACAGUGGCGUGUCUUCUUCUCUGCCGAGCAAUGCAGUCCCCACCAUCAUGCAAGACUUUGGCCUCUCAGGCGGUGGCCAAAAGGUCUUACCAACCGCUAUCUUCCUAAUUGGAUACUGCAUUGGGCCGCUGGUUUGGAGUCCUUUGAGCGAGACAAUUGGAAGGAAACCCAUUCUUUUCGGGACUUUUAGCGUCUUUGUUCUUGGAACGCUUGGCUGUGCCCUUGCCCCAAAUUGGACAGCUCUACUGAUCUUUCGUAUGAUCUGUGGUACCAUGGCUGCUGCCCCCCAGACUGUUUCUGGUGGUGUAUAUGCAGAUAUGUUCUCAGACAUGCGGAGUCGUGGCCGAGCGAUGGCCUUGUACAUGUCGGCUUCGAGCUUUGGCCCAAUCAUCGGACCCAUCAUAUCUGGAUGCUCUGUUCAGUAUGGCUGGAGGUGGACCUUCCGGAUCGACUUGAUUAUUAGUUGCCUUACUUGGACCGCCCUUUUGUUUCUGUCUGAAACAUUUGCACCUGUUCUGCUUAAGAAGCAGGCCAGAAGGCUGCGAAAGGAGUCAGGAUGUGACCGCUAUCUUGCACCGCACGAGUUGAAGUCGGACACAGCCUUUACACUGGCACAGAUCGUCACGCGGCCACUCACAAUGCUUGUAUUUGAGCCUAUCAUUCUAUUUACAGCCAUUUACGUCUCCCUUGCCUGGAGCAUGGUAUUCUUCUACUUCCAGGCCUAUCCGAUCAUCUUCGAGGGGACGUACGGCUUCACUGUCGCGAUGACCUCGCUCACAUACCUUCCAAUGGGUGUUGGCGCUGCAUCAUCCUGUCUUUUUGCUCUAUCAUGGGACAUGAUCUACCAAAAAGCCAAAACGCGCGGGAAGCGUUGGGCCUCCAGCCCGGAGUGGCAUCGGCUUCCACUGUCAUGCAUAGCUGGUCCUCUCUUAGCUAUCAGCAUGUUCUGGCUGGCCUGGUCGGCGAGACCAAGUAUCCACUGGAUCGCGCCAGUGCUCUCAGGAUUCAUCUUUGGACUCGCAUACCAGACAACGUUCAUUUCACUCCUCACCUACGUCACCGACGCAUAUAAAAUCUAUUCUGCGAGCGCAUUGGCAUCAUCGGUCAUUAUGCGUAGUAUUGCAGGCGCACUAUUCCCUCUCGCAGCGGAUCCGCUUUAUGCAAAGCUCGGGGUCUCGUGGGCUACCUCGAUCCUGGGGUUUGCCAGCAUGGUCUGCAUUCCUAUUCCUCUUGCAUUGCUGUAUUAUGGCCCGUGGAUCCGGAAGCGAAGUCCCUUUUGUCAGCGGCUGUUGGAGGAGGACAUGAACAAGGCAUCAAGCGGCACAAGAACGCCCGAGAAUGCGUGA